CAAACACAGAUUGCACUUUGGAGCAGUAGUCGAGAGUGUUUCUGUCAGGAUGGCAGAAAAAUUUGGAAUGGGACUCAUUUCUGCGUCUUUGCUGCAUUUUCUGCUUUUAAAUGUUCGGCUGGGCUCCGGAGUUCCUGCUCCAUCUGCGGGUGAAGUGUUUCUGUCCGGUCAAUCAGCUGAUAGCAUUUUGCGCAGACACAAACGUUACAACACUGGACUGUUUGAGGAGUUUCUGCAGGGAAACCUGGAGAGAGAGUGUAAAGAGGAAAUAUGCGACUUAGAAGAGGCGAGGGAGACAUUCGAGAAUGAUGAAAAGACAAUGGAAUUUUGGGCAGGAUAUGCAGAUGAUAAUCAGUGUAUGUCAAGGCCAUGCCUGAACCAGGGGUCAUGUAAAGACAUCCUGGGCUCCUACACCUGCACAUGUGCAUCUGGCUUCACUGGGAGGAACUGUGAGAUUGUUAUAGCAAAAAGAUGCGAUGUGAACAAUGGAGACUGUAUGCACUUCUGUGACUCAUUAGGAGUCUUUGGAGCAAAAUGCUCCUGUGCUACAGGAUACAGGCUGAUGCAGGAUGGUGUCAGCUGUGAAGCAGAAGUUGAAUUCCCAUGUGGCAGAACUGCCCUGACAGCACAAAGUGGAGUAUAUACAAGAUCUGCGCUCCACUAUGAGAAUGCAAACAGCACUUCACUGACCCACACGAACACUACUGCAUACCCUCCCUCAACUCCAGCCCCUACCACAGUGUCGUUUAUGGACACAGGAAAUAGACGAAAGAAACUGCCCCUGUGGGUAUACAAUGCCACUGAGGCGCCAGUUAGGCCUUAUAAACGUAUCGUUGGAGGUGAAGUGGUCCUUCCAGGAGAGAUCCCAUGGCAGGUAGCCUUGGUAGCACGUCCCAGUGGUCAUAUAUUCUGUGGGGGAUCCAUUCUGAGCAAACACUGGGUUAUCACUGCUGCUCAUUGCCUGAUAGAGGCACAAGGCUCCUUCUUCGUCAGAGUGGGGGAGAAUAACAUCGACAUCAAUGAAGGCACGGAGCAGAAUCAUGAUGUGAAGGAGAUGCACAUUCACCCACGCUACAACGCCACUCUAAGCUUAUACAACCAUGACAUUGCCCUCCUCUAUCUCAAAAGCCCCAUCACCUUCUCCAAGGUAGUGCGACCCAUCUGCAUAGGGCCCAUGACGUUCAUUGAGGCGUUAGUGAAGGAUUCCUCCCCAGCUACAGUCAGCGGCUGGGGCAGAACCCGCUUCCUUGGAGCCACGGCCAAGACGCUGCAGAAAGUCGAGGUUCCCUUCACAGAUCGCACAGAGUGCACGCAGAGCAGCCGCCAAAAGAUCACCUCUGUCAUGUUUUGUGCAGGAUACUAUAACGAGGCCAAAGAUGCCUGUCAGGGCGACAGUGGAGGCCCUCACGCAAACAGUAUUCAUGAUACAUGGUUCCUCACAGGCAUCAUAAGCUGGGGGGAAGAAUGCGCAAAACAAGGGAAAUAUGGUGUGUACACCCGGAUCUCUCUUUAUUACAGCUGGAUAAACCAUGUUAUGGGGGUAACUAAACACAGGAUGGCAUUUGAUUAUGAAAACCCUGACCCAUAAAAAUAAAAAAAAAAAAGUAUUGAACCUUUCAAACCCACUUCAGGUUGAAAAACUGCAAGUUGCGUUUUAACUGUAAGAAUUUGGCAUGCAAAUGAAUUCAUAUAAAUACGAGUACAGCUUGUAGAUGUUGUAAAGAAAGCGGAUAUUUAACGUUUUUUUUAAACGAAUGAAAAUUAUUACACUACAAAAAUUCUAGCAUUGAAAUCAACAACAGAAGCACAAUAAGCUGUAAAAAUGCACGUGUAAAGAGAAAUACAUGAAUAUGCUUAAAUAGUGUUGAGACCUAUGAUUUAAUAUGCCCUUUCAUACUUCUAUGCAAAUAAAUAUACGACAAAAUACCAGUU